AUGGAGGUGUUGAUUGGAAUUACAGGCAAAGACUUCGUCUUGUGUGCAGCAGAUGCAACAGCUGCCAGGUCCAUCGUCGUCAUGAAAUCCGGCGAAGAUAAAUCCAGAGAACUCAACAAAAAUACUCUGAUGCUCUACACCGGUGAAGCUGGCGACACAGUCCAGUUUGCAGAAUACAUUCAACGAAACAUUCAAUUGUAUACAAUCAAGAAUGGCAUACAAUUGUCUACUACAGCAACUGCAAACUUUACAAGGAGGGAACUCGCUGACAGUCUACGAAGUCGCGUAAGUCUUGUAUGCAAUGAAAGGGUUGGAUGUGUGGUGGAGGACAUGUGUCGAUGUUUGGUCAUUGUUAUCAACAUAUCAACAACUACUUAUACACCAAUGCACCCAACCAUACAGAACUCGUACAAGGUCAACCUAUUGAUUGCUGGCUGUGAUCCAAAAUCAGGAACUCCAGAACUACAUUGGUUGGACUACUUGGCUUCAAGCGUCAAACUAAACUUUGCCGCUCAGGGAUAUGCUUCUUACUUUACAAUGGCUACUAUGGAUCGCUUUUGGCAACCUGAUAUGUCUCUCGAAGAAGCUAUAGCUCUACUUCGCAAAUGUCUACACGAAUUGAAGGUUCGAUUCGUGGGAAAUUUGCCACUCUUUGUAGUUAAAGUAGUAGACAAGAAUGGUAUUCGUGUCAUUGAAUUGUAG